AUGACUCUUGAAACGUUCAUUUUCACAGACGCGGAGGACGAGGACACGAGUUCAGAGGGUUAUAACGUGGUGGUGACCGACUGUCAGUCCGAUCACAGCCAGCAGGCUCUGUCCUGUAAGAUGUCCGCUGAGUACGACGGCUUCAUGUCCUCCGACAAGAGGUGGUUUUGUCAUGUGGACGAUGAUAACUAUUUGAACCCGGAGGCCCUCCUCUCCCUGCUCUCAUCCUUCCCCCAGGAGGGCGACAUCUAUGUGGGCAAACCGAGCCUGGACAAGCCCAUCACUGCUCACGAACUUCUGGAGGGCAACGCAACGAGGGAGGUUCGAUUCUGGUUCGCCACGGGAGGAGCUGGUUUCUGUCUGAGUCGAAGACUGGCAGAGAAGAUGGCUCCAUGGGCCAGUGGCUCCCGGUUCGAGCAGACGUCAGCGACCAUCCGUCUCCCCGAUGACUGCACGGUGGGUUUCAUCGUGGAGAAGAGACUCGGCAUCUCCAUGGUUCACUGUCCUUUAUUCCACUCGCACCUGGAAAACCUGCUGCUCGUCAACCAGAGAAGUAUCGCACACCAGGUGACACUGAGCUACGGGAUGUUUGAGAACAAGAUGAACAGCAUCGAGGUGAAAGGAAGCUUCACUAAGGAGGACGACCCCUCCAGGUUUAAGACGGUCCACUGCCUGUUGUAUCCGUUCACCAGCUGGUGUCCCUGAGAUCCACAUAAAAGACUCUCCAAAGCACAUGGGACAAACGGCUGCCGGCCCCUCGUGGACGAGGAGCUCUUGAAUUGUGAAUACUGCUGGAUUCAAUGUGAUGGGACAGUGUUAGAUGCAGAUAAAAGAGCAAGAGAAGCAGAGUCUGGAUGAAGACUUGGACGCCCACUCUUCGUCCCUGUGUCUACAUCCAUACUACUACGUAUUCAUUUUGAAACAAAACUAUUUUUAUAGAUGGAUUAAUCUGCGCACAGAAAAAUAAAGCAAACGAGGGAUCAACAAUAAUGCAAACUGAGACGGGAGCUCACGUUGUUUCCAGACGUCUCCCUCGCACUUUUCAAACUAAAACAGGUUCAUGCAGCAGCGUUUCCUAACUUCUCCAUUUUGUAUUUGUUUGUUUGAACUGAAGCACUUAAGUUUUAAACUGUGUCCGCAAAGUUAUGAGGUUAUUUUGUUGAGAAAUGGACGAAAUGAGAUUGUACUUGAUUUCAAAUUUCACACAAUUUCCUGUGCACUUUAAUGAAAUUAAAGUUUAUUCUAUCUUC